GGGGCCUUCUGUUGCUGGGAGACGGAGUGGCGCAGGCGCGCUGGCGGUUGCUAUUUCUCUAGGAGUGUGGGGUUUUGCUGAGUUUGACAAUGGCGAGUGGGCAGAGGCCCCCAUCGUCGGCCCGACCGAUGAGUAAAGGAGGCCUAGCGAGGCCACCGAUGACUGCAGCCCGUGCUUCGACAUCAGCACUCCGUAUCGGUACCGGGAUAUCUCCUGGAACAGCAAGGCCUGGAACUCGUGGUGGCCCUGUAAUGGCUGGAGGUGUGCUUUCUGCUCAGAUUAAAGUUGCAGAUCGUCCUGUAACUCAGCAGGGUUUGAGUGGAAUGAAAACUGGAAUGAAAGGCCCUCAUCGUCAGAUUCUCGAUAAAUCCUACUUUCUUGGAUUGCUCAGAGCCAAAAUAAAUGAACUUACAACAGAAGUCAGCAAGCUACAAAAAGAAAUUGAUACAUUUAAUCAAGAAAAUUCUGUUUAUCUAUCCUAUGAAAAGAGGGCUGAAGCUUUGGCAGUGGAAAUAAAAGAUUUGCAGGGGCAACUAGCAGACUACAAUAUGUUAGUAGAUAAGCUGAAUACCAAUACUGACAUGGAAGAAGUUAUGAAUGACUAUAACAUACUAAAAGCACAGAACGAUCGAGAAGCACAGGGUAUGGACGUAAUUUUUACAGAACGACGAGAAAAAGAAGACCUCAUUCGCGUCAUUGAUGAAGAAAUUGAACGAGAAAAACAAGUUGCAGAUACCAUCAUCAAAAACAUGACUGAAGACAAACAAGCCAAAUAUAUGAAAAUGAAAUCAAUUAAUGAGCAUUUAUUACAGGAGUUGGAUGCUCGGCAACAAGAACUAGACAUAUUGAACACAAAAAAGGAAACACUAGUGGCGGAGAUAGCUCACUCCCAGGUGAAACAAGAAGCCGUAGUGCUGUAUGAGAAACUCCAUGAGCUUGAAUCUCAUCGAAGCCAGAUGAUUGCAGAGGAUAAGAGUAUGGGAUCACCACAGGAGGAGAGAGAACGACUACUGAAGCAGGUUAAAGAAGAUAACCAGGAAAUAGCAAGCAUGGAAAGACAACUUACUGAGAUGAAGGAGAAAAUUAACCAGGUAACGGAAGAGAUUCGACAUCUUGAUAUGGAUUUGGAAGAGCAUCAAGGUGAAAGGAAUCAGAAGUAUAAAGAGCUAAAGAAAAGAGAAGAAACAAUGGAUGCAUUCCUAGAUACCUAUGAAGAAAUCAAAAACCAAGAGUUGGAGCGAAAAUCUCAACUUGAAGCUAGUAUUGUAGCUCUUCUUGAACACACAAGCCGGAAUAUGAAUCGAAUGAGACAGAUCUCCUCGAUAACAGCUCAUGAACUGAAGUCAAUGCAGGAGGAUCUGAGUUUCAAGGAAACUGAAAUGCAGAAAUCCCAAACAACUGCCAAGGGCUUGACUGAUGAGAGCCAACGGCUCCAACAGGACCUUCAGAAGGUUGAACAACUGGAAAGCAAGAUUGGUGCAGAGUUAAGUUCUUUAAAGGAAAAGAUUCAGCACAUCACAGAUGCUCUGGAAACCUAUAAUGACUUGGAGGGACUAAAAGCUGCUGGAGAGGAGAAAAAGAAGAAACUUCAGGAGGAGAAAGUGACACUGACACAACACAGAAACAUCUUUAAGAAGGUAAUGCAGCAAGUCUCAAAAGAAUACGAUACUCUGAAGAUUCAGCUACAGGAAAAUGAGACCCAUGCACAGCUAAUGAAUCUGGAACGUAAAUGGCAGCACCAUGAACAGAACAACUUUGUUAUGAAAGAAUUCAUUGCUACAAAGGGUAUGGAGAGUGACUACCAGCCAGUGGUGAAGAAUGUGGCUAAACAACUUGCAGAAUUCAACAAAAUACUUCAAGAGGCCCUUCAAAACAGCAGAAACUGAUCCAAACUCCUUCCUGACUAAUUUGGAAGGACAUUAAAGAAUUCUUUUUUUUCAAUUGUAGAAUUUUCAGUCGAGGAUAAGCUUAUACUUUAUAGUUGCAUAACAAUUUUUCUUACCACAAUUGUUGUAUUUUUCCAUUUUUAUUUCGUCCUAUAUUUGAUUUUCUAUUAAAAAUACUUAUUGCACUCAAGUUCUAUGCACCAACAAUAAAAUAUUGUUCCAGUACAUUUUGUUUUACAUUGGAUUGAAUCUGACCUCCACGAACUUCUAGAUCCUGAAUCUGGGGAAAUAGCAUGCAAGACUGUAAGGUGCAUGAUCAAGCUUAGAAAGAAGAAACAAUGCCAUCUCUUUCCUUAUGAAUCAAACAAUUAGAUAGGUUCAUGUACUUGAAAUACUUGGAAAUAAAAUAGUUAAGCGAGCAGUACAUUAAGAGAAAACCAUUAGCUGAACUCCGUGUGAUGGUUACUUUGAACCAGUGAUAUCAGUAUUUCACAAAAACUAUUUGCUGCCGUGCUGCUGACAUGGUUAGACAUGUUUCUCUGUUGCAGCUUGCAUGUACCUCUCCUUGUAUUGGAAUGUGAGAAGAGACUUGUUGGACAACAGAAACAUAAGAACGAGGAGCAGGAGUAGGCCAUCCGACCCCUCGAGUCUGCCCCGCCAUUUAAUAAGAUCAUGGCUGAUCUUUUUGAGACUCAGCUCCACUUACCUGCCCACUCACCAUAACCCUUAAUUCCUUUACUGUUCAAAAACUUAUCUAGCCUUGCCUUAAAAACAUUCAGCGAGGUAGCUUCAACCGCUUCACUGGGCACGGAAUUCCGCAGAUUUUCAAUCCUUUGGGUGAAGAAGUUCCUCCUGACCUCAGUCCUACAUCUGCUUCCCCUUAUUUUGAGGCGAUGCCCUCUGGUCCUAGUUUCACCCCCUAGCGGAAACAACCUCCCUGCCUCCAACUUAUCUAACCCCUUCAUAAUCUUGUAUGUUUCUAUAAGAUCUCCCCUCAUUCUUCUGAAUUCCAAUGAGUAUAAUCCCAGUCUACUCAGUCUUUCCUCAUAAUCCAACCCUCUCAACUCUGGAAUCAACCGAGUGAAUCUCCUCUGCACCCCCUCCGGUGCUAGUAUAUCUCUUCUCAAGUAAGAAGACCAAAACUGCACACAGUACUCCAGGUGUGGCCUCACCAGGACCCCGUACAGCUGCAGCAUAGCUUCCCUGUUUUUAAACUCCAUCCCUCUAGCAAUGGCAGACAAAAUUCCAUUUGCCUUUUUAAUUACCUGCUGCACCUGCAAUCCUACUUUUAGCGAUUCAUGCACAAGGACACCCAAGUCCCUCUGCACAGCAGCAUGCUGCAAUUUUUUACCAUUUAAAACAUAGUCCAUUUUGCUGUUAUUCCUACCCUGAUUUAUGUAAUAUGACAUUUUGUCUCAUCAGUUCUUUAAUUUCCAAUUAAAUAUAUCAAAACAGCAUUUGAGGUGCAUAUUUUUAAGGAUUUCUGAAUUUAUUGAUGACUGCAAUUUACUCUGAUUUUGUUUUAUUGUGCAAUGAAAUUUAAAUGUAUUCUUGUGCUAUUUCAGAAAUCCAAUGAAAAUAUUGGAAUAGUUA